AUUGGAACUCAGACCUUGGAAGAAAUCAUCAAAAUUUCCAUAUUUAAACAUGAAAAGUACAAAUCUUGUACAAAAUUGAAUCAAAACUAUGAAAGGAAAGAAAUCUGCCACUUGGCUAUGGUUUCCACUAUGAAUGCUAACACCUAACAAACAACUAACAAACCAACACUUUCCUGGCAAGUGCCAAAACAAAGCACUGUUAAACGUUUCGCAGUUGUGAAGGUCUGUGUUUUCGUCAUCCUCGGUUCUCAACAUUCUUUGAAAGAGAAUGGCAGAUGAUAUCAGAUUCUUUGAACUGAACACAGGAGCUAAGAUCCCUUCUGUUGGAUUAGGCACUUACGGUGCCAAACAUGGUGUUAUCCAAAACACUGUCAUCACUGCCAUCAAGGUUGGGUAUCGGCACAUUGAUUGCGCUUCACUGUACGGCAAUGAAAAGGAGAUUGGUUCUGCUCUGAAGAAAUUGUUUAAUGAAGGUAUAGUGAGGCGUGAAGACUUAUGGAUUACCUCCAAACUCUGGUGUAGUGAUCACUUGCCUGAAGAUGUACCAAAGGCAUUGAAUAAAACUCUGCAAGAUUUGCAACUUGACUAUGUGGAUCUUUAUCUAAUACAUUGGCCAGUCAGUUUAAAAAAGGGAUCAAUUGUUGUUAAGCCUGAAAGCUUUACGCAACCUGACAUUCCUGGUACGUGGAGAGCAAUGGAGGCACUCAAUGAUUCUGGCAAGGCUCGGGCUAUUGGAGUGAGUAACUUCUCUUCAAAGAAGCUUGGAGAUCUGUUGGAAGUGGCACGUAUAACUCCUGCUGUCAAUCAAGUGGAAAUUCACCCUGCAUGGCAGCAGCCAAAGCUGCACGAAUAUUGUCAAUCCAAGGGAGUUCACUUGACGGGAUAUUCUCCAUUGGGUUCCCAAGCUGGAGAAAAUGUCAGGAAGAAGGUCCUGGACAAUCCGGUUGUUAAAAUGGUGGCAGAGGAACUAGGGAAAUCUCCAGCACAAGUGGCUCUUCGCUGGGGACUGCAAAUGGGUCAUAGCGUAGUUCCUAAGAGCAUAAGUGAGGCAAGGCUGAAGGAAAACAUUGAUGUUUUUGACUGGUCUAUACCUGAAGAUUUGAUUGCCCAGCUUUCUCAAAUUCAACAGGAGAGGCUAGCAAGAGCCGAACAUUUUGUGCAUGAUACUUACGGUGUAUAUAGGACUGUUGAAGAGCUUUGGGAUGGUGAAGUCUGAGCAGACAUAUGUUCGGAAAGUGGUUAUGUUCUACCUGCAUAUGUGUAACUUUUUAUAACUUUCUUCAAACUAAAUGGUACAUUAUUUGCCACAGAUAUGCUGAUUGACAAUGUAUUUAUGUCUUGGAAGGUGGAGAAGAAUUUUUCCCCUUUAAUUUAAACAUAAUAGACAAUGCUUCUAUGUUGUUUCCCUGUU